AUGCGCCAACAGCUUCUUUCACUCCGAGUCAUUCCAAGCAAACUCUCCACGACACAUCAUUGUGAAUGUACAAAGGAAAUGAGAACAUUAGAUAAGAAAAUAGAUGUUCAAAAUUUUUUAAAAUGGUUUCACUCCUUCAAUUUCAUAAUAGUGGUUCAUUGCGAAGAUGGUCAUCAUGCUUUAAAUUUUGAAAUGAUGAAAAAAUUAAAAUCAAAAUUGGAAACUGUGAGCAAGGAACGAAAUGCUGCUAACUCCAUACUCGAGUAUGAAUUCAUGAUUGGUACGAAAAAUAGUGUAUUACAAAAAUCAAUAGAUAUUCUUUUAGAACAAGAUCACCCAACAAAUAAUGAGCUAGAAAGUAUUGUUAAAGAUUCUUUAAGACAAUUGAAAUCAUAUUUAUUUGGCCAAGUUGGAUUAAUUUUUACAAACAAUGCAAAUAAUAUUUUAAACGAGUUUCAACAAUUGCUAGCUUGCGAAAGAUUGACACAAAAUGAAAUGGAAACGAUCACCGAAAGCAAAGCUGAAGUCAAUAACAAAGAAUCAGUUACAACCAUUCAGAACGAACAAAUUGUUUAUUUACCAGUUGCAUCUGGCAAAGCAUUACUUCCUUACAAGUACGACCCAACAAAUCAAUCCUUACGCUUGCACGGUCAACUGUGGCAUCCAAUUUCAACAAUUUCAAUACCUGUCAUCCAAAAAUCAUCAAAUACGUGUUCGACAGAGAUUAAAUUGUAUCAUGGAAAAGAUCAUUCACAAAACUACAAAUUCAGACCUGCCAAUUUCAAGAGACGAAACCACCCAAUGAUUGGACCCCAAAAUGAAAACAAUGCUUAUGUAGCAUUGUUAAUUUUUAACAAAGCUGAAAACUGCAUUACGAAGCAAAUCAUAGAAAUAUCAGAAAAUAGCACAAACAGUGAUAAUUAA